GUAUCGUCUGGUAGCUUUCGUUCGAUUCGACGUUUAGUCUAUGUACUGCAAUUGUUUAUUCUAUUUGCAAUUGAUUAGAGCUCAAAUCAAUCAGAUUUGACAUAAGAAUAUUCUGAACAGAACAUAUUCAAGUAAUGGCUAAGCAUCAUCCGGAUUUGAUUUUCUGCCGAAAGCAGCCGGGCGUGGCUAUAGGUCGACUCUGCGAGAAAUGCGACGGAAAAUGCGUUAUUUGUGAUUCCUAUGUACGACCAUGUACACUGGUACGCAUAUGCGAUGAAUGCAAUUACGGUUCCUAUCAAGGACGAUGCGUAAUCUGCGGCGGGCCGGGUGUUUCUGACGCUUACUACUGUAAAGAAUGCACUAUUCAAGAGAAAGAUAGAGACGGUUGUCCAAAAAUUGUGAAUCUAGGUAGCUCAAAAACAGAUCUUUUCUACGAGAGGAAAAAAUACGGAUUCAAACAGCGAUAAAGCGUAUGCAUGGCAUAAGGUGCGAUCAAUUUUUAUAACUGAAUACAAAUAAUAUUAUAUGUAAUAAAAGAUAAGAAAUAAAAAAAUUGUUUGCAAUGAAAAUAA